AAACACUGUUUCCGCGAGAAAGAGGCCGCUGGCACCUUGGUUCCUGAGCUGAGACCAGGGGGUGAGCGCUGCGCGGUCGCUGGCUCCGGCUUGCAGCGAGGAGGACACUGGGGCUCACCUUCCCUCCGCCGCCGCCUCCGCCGCCGCCUCCAUGAUCCCGUUGUCGUUGGUGGUGGUAGUGGUGGGCGGCUGGACCGCCGUCUACCUGGCCGACUUGGUACUGAAGUCAUCUGUGUAUUUUAAGCAUUCUUAUGAAGACUGGCUGACAAACAACGGGUUGAGUAUCUCCCCCUUCCACAUAAGGUGGCAAACUUCUGUUCUCAACCGGGCCUUUUACAGCUGGGGACGGCGGAAAGCGAGGCUGCUUUAUCAAUGGUUCAAUUUUGGAAUAGUGUUUGGCGUCAUUGCCAUGUUUGGCUCUUUUUUCCUCCUGGGGAAGACACUGGUGCAGACAUUAACACAAAUGAUGACUGAUUCCCCCUCUUCUUCAUCUCCCUCCUCUUCCUCUUCCUCUUCCUCUUCUUCCUCUUCCUCUUCUUCACUUAACAAUGACCAAGUACUACAAGUUGUGAUUCCUGGUAUAAAUCUACCCGUCAACCAGCUGACCUAUUUCUUUGCUGCAGUCCUCAUUAGUGGCGUUGUACAUGAAAUUGGACAUGGGGUAGCAGCUAUCAGGGAACAGGUUCGAUUCAAUGGCUUUGGGGUUUUCCUCUUCAUUAUUUAUCCUGGAGCAUUUGUCGAUUUGUUCACAACUCAUUUGCAACUUAUAUCACCAGUUCAACAGCUAAGGAUAUUUUGUGCAGGUAUCUGGCAUAACUUCAUCCUUGCACUCCUGGGCAUUUUAGCCCUUGUUCUGCUCCCUGUAAUUCUCUUGCCAUUUUACUACACUGGAGUUGGGGUACUUAUCACUGAAGUGGCUGAGGACUCACCUGCCAUUGGACCUAGAGGUCUUUUUGUGGGAGACCUUGUCACUCACAUUCAGGAUUGUCCUGUAACUAAUGUGCAAGACUGGAAUGAAUGUCUAGAUACCAUUACCUAUGAGCCCCAAAUUGGUUACUGUAUAAGUGCGUCAACUUUGCAGCAGCUAAGCUUCCCAGUCAGAGCAUACAAACGGAUAGAUGGCUCAAUUGAAUGCUGUAACAAUAACAGCCUCACAGAUGUGUGCUUUUCCUACAGAAAUAAUUUUAAUAAGCGUUUGCAUACUUGUCUACCUGCGCGGAAAGCAGUUGAAGCCACCCAAGUCUGUAGAACCAAUAAAGACUGUAAUAAAAGCUCUAGUUCUAGUUCAAGUUUCUGUAUAACACCUUCUCUGGAAACUCAUACUCGCUUAAUAAAAGUUAAGCACCCACCUCAAAUCGAUAUGCUGUAUGUCGGACAUCCACUGCAUCUUCACUAUACGGUGAGCAUCACCAGCUUUGUCCCACGUUUCAACUUUCUAAGCAUAGAUCUGCCUGUAAUCAUGGAGACAUUUGUCAAGUACCUGAUUUCCCUCUCAGGAGCUCUGGCUAUUGUUAAUGCCGUGCCCUGCUUUUCUUUGGAUGGACAGUGGAUUUUAAACUCUUUCUUGGAUGCUACUCUUACCUCAGUGGUUGGAGACAGUGAUGUCAAAGAUCUGAUCGGGUUUUUUAUUUUGCUUGGUGGCAGUGUACUUUUAGCUGCCAAUGUGACCCUGGGGCUCUGGAUGGUUACGACACGGUAAUAGUAGUACCUAACUGACAACAGAAUCUUUGAGUUCCACCAUACAAUAUCAGAAACCUUUCUUCACAGGAAAUACAAAGUGUUUCUUUUAAAAUGACCUUUUAGCCAGAAACUGUAAGCUUCACCUAUAUCUGGAGUAUACAAACUCUGGGGUGGAAGAUAAAUAGGACAUGAAAGGCACAGUCCUUGUCUACAUUCUAGUUUUAAAUUUUGAACAUAAAAAUGCAAGAUACUUGCAGAACAGUUUCUAAACUGCAGAUUCACAGCAAACCAUUUUGGGUGACUGCAUAUCAUGUGGAAAUAGUGUAAAGGUGAAUGAAAUUACGUGGAAUUAAUUGGGUAGAACUUCUUGAAAAUACAUCAUUGGUUCAGUGUUAAAGGAGAUCAGACUUUGGCUAAGUGGAAGAGUGAACAUUUUCUUGGUCUAUAUGAUAUCCUUUGGCUUGUUUGAAAAGUAUUUUAGAAUUUAAUGAUAUACUAUUUUUUUUACUAUCACAUCUAGAGUCUGAUGACAGUUAGUAAGAUCCAUACAAAAGAAUCUACUUACAUUUAAGGGAAAAUAUCUUUAUCAAAUAUGCCAAAUAAAUGAAGAAAGUAGGGCCUGCCAUAUCAUGAAAUGUGUUUUGUCCUACACAACUGCCUCUUUGAUAGUAUGCCCUAGUACUCAUGUAAAACAGCACUAGCCCUUAACAUUCAGCAUGAGAAGUACCUCUUCUCUGACCUCUAUCUGAGCUGAGGCAAUCAGGUUAAACCUCAGAAUGAGCCAGGUCUUCCAAAAAAUCAUGACACAGACCACAUGGCCUCCUACAGUCCUGCUUACCACUCUUUAUAUUGAUAUAUUUUUGAAGCUUACAACCCUUCCAGGGUAGGCAUUUUUUAAAAUUUUUUAUUAGUGAUUUAAUAAUGACUAACAAGAUUGUAAGAUAACAGGUACAAUUUCAUACAGUUCCCACCACCAGAGUUUCAUGUCCCAUCCCUUCCAUUGGAAGCUUACCUAUUCUUUAUCCCUCUAAGGGCAUGGACCAAAAUUCUUUUUUAUUUUUAUUUUUAUUUAUUUAAUUUUUUUUUGCCUCCAGGGUUAUUGCUGGGCCUCAGUGCCUACACUGCGAAUCCACUGCUCCUGGAGGCCAUUUUUUCCUCACUUUUGUUGCCCUUGUUGCUUUUGUUGUUGUUAAUAUUGUUAUUGUUGUCAUCGUAUAUGACAGAGAGAAAUGGAGAGCGGAGGGAAAGACAGAGAGUGGGAGGGAAAGAUAAGACACCUGCAGACCUGCUUCACCGCCUGUGAAGGUACUCCCCUGUAAGUGGGGAGCGGGGGCCCUGAACCGGGAUCCUUACACCAGUCUUUGCACUUCACGUCCUAUGUGCUUAACCCGCUGCGCUGCACUACUGCCCGACCCCCAAAAAAGUUCUUUAUGGGGUACAGAGGGUGGAAGGUCUGGCUUCUAUAAUGGCUUCUCUGCUGGACAUGGAUAUUGGCAGGUUGAUCCAUACCCUCAGCCUGUUUCUAUCUUCCCUAGUAAGGUAGAGAUCUGGUGAUGUGAGGUUCCAGGACACCUUAGUGAGGUUGUCUGCCCAGGGAAGUUAGGAUGGAAUCAUGGUAGCAUCUAGAACUUGGUGGCUGAAAGGUAGUAAGAUACAAAGUAGGGGAGUCGGCAGUAGCACAUCAGGUUAAGCACAUGUUGCGCAAAGCGCAAGGACCGGCUCAAGAUAUAAAGUAGGACAAGAAGUUUAAUAAAUAUAAACCCAAAGGUAGGAAUAGAGCAGAUGAAAUUAGGAGUGUUUGGGUGGGAAGACACUAUGAAGUAAGUCUAUUUUAGGUAUGUUUCAUGUGGCCCCUGACUUUAGUAAUUUUUGUCUGAGCCUAAUAGCUAACAUGGAGGUGGGCUAUGAAUAUUGUCUGGGAAGAUGGUGUCAAGUUGAGAAUAGGGCUAGAAAGCUGGAUUAGGGCAGAGAGUAGCUCCCAAAUGUGAGGAAAGUAUAUAAACACCAUUGGUUUCCCAUGACAGUCUUCCUCAAGUAGACUAACCCAGCCUCCCUUGAGAGAGUGGGGCAGUCCCAAGGUAGGCACUUUUUUUGUGUGCUGCUGGGUCUCUUUGGGGCCUAGCUCCUGGUUGUUGUCUUCCAAAAAGCAACUACCAUGAGCCCUGAACUGUACCCUGCCCUCACCAGUACCACCUGUGUCUCUGUGUUGGCCAAUUAAACAGCUAGUCUUUGCUUCCCCUCUUUCCCCUUCGAUCCUUCUAUGGGUCCACAGAAGAACUGGCAAAUGACCGCAAAACCAGUGCAAAAGUGGAUAUGGUUUUACCAGAAUCUUGAGUUUGAAAGAACCAUGAUUCAUUCCAUGCCUUUUGAGGUUGUUGGUUUUUUGUUUGUUUGUUUUUAAUUAGGACAGAAUUGAGAGAGGAGUGGGAGGUAGAGAAAGAUAGACACCUGCAUAUCUGCUUCACCACUUGUGAAGCUUCCCCCAUGCAGAUGCAGAGUGGGGACUCAAGCCCUGAUCCUUGAGCAUGGUAACAUGUGUGCUCAACCAGGUGCACCACCGCCUUGCAUGUCUUUUCAUUCCAUGUCUUUUGGGUUAGAAAUGUAACCCAGGGAGAUCUCAGUUCUUCACUAAGUAAGAUAUUCCCUGGGCUCAUUUUUUCACGUCACCAAGUUGUUCUCUAGGCAUUAAGAUUUUUUUUUAAUCAUUUUGGGAGAAACUCUUUUCAACUGUAUUACAGAUACCCCUGCCUUCGUAAAUUAUAUCUUGAAUUUUUAACUUUUUUUGUGUGUGUGUGAGUAGAGCACCACUCAGCUCUUGGCUCUCGGUGGUGCCAGUGACCAAACCUGAGACCACUCACAUGUGAGGCCUAUCUCUAGCCUUAAAAUUUUAUUAAUGACUCGAAGUCUUCAAUUAUUACUACUGCUGAACACAUGCAUCUAAUGAUUUAUCCCAGGAAAGAACAUGUGUUCUCUUCUCAGCUAUUCAGGAUCGAAGUGUAUUAGCAUAGUAAUACUCAGACAUCUGUGCUCUGGUUUGGGAAAUUCCAUGAAAUGCUCAUGUGAUUGAUUCAGUGACAUGGACUAGUGAAUUUACUCAUGAAAAUGUUGCAUAUGCAUAGGUCAUUCUUUUUUUAGUUGAGAAAAUAUUUUAAUAGAGGAAAUCCUACCACUAGCAUGUUUUUACUGGGUGAAAACCAAGCACUUCGUUGUUAAAGCUCCUGCUCUGUUGCUCCAUAGAGCCGGGCCUCAGGGACCACUCUGUUAUAAUAUUAAGUAGAUUGGUGGUGCUUAUAUAGAAAUGAAUUCAUUGUGUAGGAAGGAAAUGUUACUUCUUGUCUCUUCAGCUUGAUUGGAAGGAUUUCUAGAGCAGAAAUUAUGUCAUACUCAUCUUUGCAUUCCAGAUGCAGUGCAGGAAACAAAUAAUUAAUGCUGUCAAAUGGGUGAUGAUUAGUGUUAUUUAUGGACUUUAAAAGCAUGCUUCUAUUUAAGUUGUAAAAAGUAUUAUUGAAUAUUUACUGUAGAUAUGUUAGCACAAAAAUAACUUGUAAGGUCUUUGUGUCCCUGGUAUAUUGUCACCUUUAUGAAAUUGAGACAUUUUAGUUUCUAUAGAGCAACUAGGAAAAUGAAUUGUUGUGGUCCGAGAGGUGGCGCAGUGGAUAAAGGGUUGGACUCUCAAGCAUGAGGUCCUGAGUUCCAUCCCCAGCAGCACAUGUACCAGAGUGAUGUCUGGUCCAUUCUCUCUCCUCCUAUCCCUCUCAUUGACAAAUAAAUAAAUAAGUAUUUUAUAAAAAAGAAAAGAAAACAAUGAAUUGUUUUGUUCGGCGGUAAAAUUUUAUUCUCAGUAUUCCUACUCUGCAUUGUGUUUCUGAGGUUUUUUAUUUUUUUUAAUCACCUACAAUCUGUAAAGAAUGUAUAUAUAUUUUUCAGCAUCUCCGUUUGAAUGGACAUGCAGUUAAACUUGACCUUUUGAUAAUAUCUCUUACAGGUCAUUGUCUGUUCUAACAAUAAAUUGUAAACAUGCGCCUCAUGGAUAUGUGCUCUCGGUCAUCAAUUUGUCCUAUAGUUUUCAUUGAUUGUACACAUAACGGGUGGUGCAUGGGUAUUGUUUUCUAUAAAUCUUUUGUCUGUGCUGUGAUUCAUUCUUAAGCUUUAACUUGAAGAUAUAAUUGCUGACUUUGAUGUUUAGCAAUAAAAUAAUAAAUGUGUAUUGUAUAUUUG